GGAGGAUCUCAGACAGCAUGGUGCAAUGUGAGAUGUGGUCACUGAGACCAACAUGAUGAACCCUGUAAGCUUCUGAACUGUAGUGAGAAUGAAUUUUGUGGGGAGAAAAAUGGCACUCAUGGCUGCUUCUGUAUUGUGGACCAUCCCAGACCAAACCCUGAUUAUUACGAUGCCACUGAAAUGUGUGAUGGCAGAUCCGGCACCAUGUCUCUGUCCCGCUGUCAGCUGUUUGAAGCUGGAUUUCCUGAUAAUAAACUUCACUUAAAUGACCCCAGCUGCAGAGGAACAGUCCAAAAUGACAGACUUAUUUUCCACUUUGAUUAUGAUAACCACCUCUGUGGCACACAUCUCACGGCCAAUGGCACCCAUAUCAUCUAUGAGAACCGAAUCCUAGGGGAGCUGGACACAGCAGGGGGCAUUAUUCACAGGAAGAAAAGAAUGGAACUUUCCUUUUCCUGUGUGUAUCAGCUCAAUAAGACAUUAAGCAUGGACACAGAGCUUAACCCUAUUCAGAGCAUUGUUAACAGGCAUAUUCCAGAUGGAGUGGGCAUGUACCAGGUCACAAUGAUUCCCUAUAUGGAUGCUGGCUUCUCUCACCCUUACACUGGCAGUGUGAAUAUAAUGGUGGGCGAAUCAAUCUACAUAGAAGUCUCUGUUCAAGGAGUGGACAGUCGUCAGAUUGCCCUGGUGAUGGAUACAUGUUGGGCCACACCUGUAAAUGAAAAGCACUACCCUGUCUACUGGGACCUGAUUACUCAAAAGUGUUCUAAUCCAAAAGACCGCACAGUCAAGGUUCUCAAGAUUGGUUUAUCCACAACUGGACGAUUUUCUUUCAAGAUGUUUUCUUUUCACAAAGAUGAACCCAAGGUCUUCCUUCACUGCAACAUUCACCUAUGCCUGCUGAAAGAUCAGAACUGUGCAGUGGUUUGUCCCACUAGAAAACACGGCCGUCCAGGCAGAUCUACAAACAUCCAUGAAAGUGCCUCCAUCUCCAUUGGGCCUUUUAUCUGGUCCACUAAAAACAAAGGCUUUUAG